UUGGUUCGCGGAGCAGAGCGACACUUUUUUCUUGCUAAAGCUUUAUUUUUACGCGAAAACGUAUCGAUUCAGUGUACUUGUAUGCCAUUUCGAGGUGGACGGGGUUUCUUGUAUAUUUCCGAGAAUAAUAGAAGAUUAAAACAAUGGUUGUGAUAUCAAGAAUUUUCUCUCGCGGUUACGGUGGACUACAAUCAGCGAAAAUAAUACGAUACGCAGUCAGAGGAAAUUCUUCUACGGCUGCUCAAGAUUCUGUACAAGAAUCCCAAAUUAAUAAACCAGAGCAAAACAUUGAACAGAAGAAAGUGAUACCUGAUAGGUAUCGAUUCAUUUAUCCAGAAUUUUUACCAGAUCCAGAUCCAAAGUAUCGUAACUCACUCCGAGAAAAGUUAGAACGCAUGGAUAUGCUGGCAAGACGCACACACAUAGCGAUACCCGAGUUCUAUGUUGGUUCUAUAUUAGCUAUAACUUAUUCUGAACCACAUGCUCCUGGAAAAAUCAACAAAUUUGUUGGCAUAUGUAUAGAGAGGAAAGGAUGUGGCUUGAGAGCCACAUGUCUGUUGAGAAACAUGGUUAAUAACCAAGGAAUUGAAGUACUCUACGAGUUAUAUGAUCCUGCAAUACAGAAAAUAGAAUGUCUUAGGCUUGAAAAAAGAUUGGAUCCACAUCUGCGAUACCUGCGAGACGCCCCAGCAGAAUAUAGUACCUUUCCUUUCGACAUGGAACCAGAAUAUUUGCCAGAAGAUACAUCGGUACCUGUAAAUGAGAUUAAAGUGCAGAUUAAUCCUCGUCCAUGGUUAGAGAAAUGGGAGCAGCAAGAGUUGAGAGGUAUAGGAGAGUUAGACCUUAGUGAGAGACGCAUUAAAAGAGCUAAAGCAAUAGCAAAACCUUGGGAAAAGUACGAUUUAAUGAAAAAAUAUCGGGAAACUAUCCCCGAGGAGGAUCAAAAUGAAAUAUUUAAUGAAGUGCAUACAAAAUUACAUGUAAUGGAAAUUGCUGGACGUAGACAAAAACACAAGCGCACUUUCGUACGUCCGCAAAAAACUGGGUGAACUUUUGAUUAUAUACAGCAUUUUUCAAUCUAUGUAAGGAAUUAGAAUGAAAUAAAUAUAUUUGUUUUCUUUUGUUAUAGUUUUGUAUCUUUGUAAUGAUAUCCGCUCAGUUAUUAUAAUCCAGUAUCGUAAUUGUUACAGAAAAAAAUUUACAAUUAUUGAAUUCAUAC